UUAGUCAUCUUUUUAUUUAAAGAUAAAAUGUACAGGCGCAAGUUGACCGCACUCAGCUACGCAGCUGCUGACACGUUUUCAUCAAGCUCUCAGACCGAAUAUAGAACUCUGGUGUUAUGGUUAGAGGAUCAGAAAAUCCGCCAUUAUAAGAUAGAUGACCGGAAAGGAUUAAGAGAUAUCAACGCUGAAUCUUGGCCUCAAGCUUUUAAUGAUUAUCUCACAGAACUAGGGUGCACUGUUUUACAAAAGUCUCCUGAAGAAAUCCUGGAUUGGUUGAUAGGGUUUGCGGUCAGGCUUGUGUUCGGGGAUGAUGCGGAACAAUAUAGAAAAUACAAUUCAGAGUUUAUUUCCAAUCUCCGGGCGGAUCAGCCUAGAUUAGUUUCCAGCAACCCCUUGGAUAAUCUUGACUUUACAGCUCCUGAGUUCAAGGCUGGGGUAGAGAACCUUGCAGACUUUCUUCAAGUCACAAAGCAUCCGGACCACCUAGUAACCUUGCAGGCAAUAUGUAAAUUAGUCUCUAGGCGUCUCAGUUCUAAAGCAAUACAAAAUCCUAAAUCAGUAGUCCCAGAGGGUCAAGCAUUUAAUUAUAAAGAUGAUAGUCUUGGUCUCCUGGGAACAGGAGAUCAUAAAGUUGACGACGCGGCAAAGAUUCUCCGACUUCUGUACAUCAAUGAUCUCAGAGAACUGCAGACCAGGAUUAACGAGGCUAUCGUGUCUGUGCAAGCUGUAACUGCAAACCCUAAAACGGAUACAAGGCUAGGGAAGGUCGGCCGGUAAUAUCGGUCAUCGAGGCGGAUGAUCUUGGCCGAAAAUCUUAUUCCACAAAAACCGGUUUGGUUCCAGCCCGUCCUGCAACCUUUUUAAUUUUAAGAAAUACAUUUUCUUAUUUUUAAUGAAAUCUUAACAUACAUGUGAUAAUAUAAAGAAUCUAAUGUAUUCAGUUGUUCAGUUGUUCAGUUGUUCAGUUGUUCAGUUGUUCAGUUGUUCAGUUGUUCAGUAUACAUUUUUAUCAUUCCUAAAUUACUCCUUUUCUAAUGUUUUAGAUUGGUAAAAUUAUCCUAGUCUAUAUUUAAGUCCCAUUAUUAUUGCAGUACGAUCUCAAAAUUUAACAAACAUUUGUUUCGUAAAAUUUUAUCAACAAAUAUUUUUUACUUUUCAGA